CCUCGCCGGCCCGGGCGUCCCCCCGGCUGCGCCCCCCCGCGCCUCCCCGCUCGGCGCUCGCGCGUCCCCGCCGCGCUCCGGCGUCUCCUCGGCGCGCCCGGCUCCCGACUGUCCCCGCCCGGCGUGCGGGCCGGUGUAUGGGCCCCUCACCAUGUCGCUGAAGCCCCAGCAGCAGCAGCAGCAGCAGCAGCCGCAGCCGCAGCCGCAGCAGCAGCCCGCGGCCGCCAAUGCCCGCAAGCCGGGUGGCGGCGGCCUUCUCACGUCGGCCGCCGCCGCGCCGUCGCCGUCCUCGUCCUCAGUCUCGUCUUCGGCCGCGGCUUCCUCCUCCUCCUCCUCCUCCUCCUCGGUGGUGGCGGCGAGCGCAGGCGGCGGGCGGCCGGGCCUGGGCAGAGGCCGAAACAGUAGCAAAGGACUGCCUCAGUCUACGAUUUCUUUUGAUGGAAUCUAUGCAAAUAUGAGGAUGGUUCAUAUACUUACAUCAGUUGUUGGAUCCAAAUGUGAAGUACAAGUGAAAAACGGAGGUAUAUAUGAAGGAGUUUUUAAAACAUACAGUCCCAAGUGUGAUUUGGUACUUGAUGCCGCACAUGAGAAGAGUACAGAAUCUAGUUCAGGGCCAAAACGUGAAGAAAUAAUGGAGAGUAUUUUGUUUAAGUGUUCAGACUUUGUUGUGGUACAGUUUAAAGAUAUGGACUCCAGUUAUGCAAGAAGAGAUGCUUUUACUGACUCCGCUAUCAGUGCUAAAGUGAAUGGUGAACACAAAGAGAAGGACCUGGAGCCCUGGGAUGCAGGUGAACUCACUACCAGUGAGGAACUGGAAGCUUUGGAAAAUGAUGUUUCUAAUGGAUGGGAUCCCAAUGAUAUGUUUCGAUAUAAUGAAGAAAAUUAUGGUGUAGUAUCUACAUACGAUAGCAGUCUAUCUUCAUAUACGGUGCCCUUAGAAAGGGAUAACUCAGAAGAAUUUUUAAAACGAGAAGCAAGGGCAAACCAGUUAGCAGAAGAAAUUGAAUCAAGUGCCCAGUAUAAAGCCCGGGUGGCCCUGGAAAAUGAUGAUAGGAGCGAAGAAGAAAAAUACACAGCAGUUCAGAGAAAUUCCAGUGAACGUGAGGGCCACAACAUAAACACUAGGGAAAAUAAAUAUAUUCCUCCUGGACAAAGAAAUAGAGAAGUCAUAUCCUGGGGAAGUGGGCGACAGAAUUCAACGCGUAUGGGCCAGCCUGGGUCGGGCUCCAUGCCAUCAAGAUCCACCUCUCACUCUUCAGAUUUCAACCCAAAUUCUGGUUCAGACCAAAGAGUAGUUAACGGAGGUGUUCCCUGGCCAUCGCCUUGCCCAUCUCCUUCCUCUCGCCCACCUUCUCGCUACCAGUCAGGUCCCAACUCUCUUCCACCUCGGGCAGCCACCCCUACACGGCCGCCCUCCAGGCCCCCCUCGCGGCCAUCCAGACCCCCGUCUCACCCCUCUGCUCAUGGUUCUCCAGCUCCUGUCUCUACUAUGCCUAAACGCAUGUCUUCAGAAGGGCCUCCAAGGAUGUCCCCAAAGGCCCAGCGACACCCUCGAAAUCACAGAGUUUCUGCUGGGAGGGGUUCCAUUUCCAGUGGCCUAGAAUUUGUAUCCCAUACCCCACCAAGUGAAGCAGCUGCUCCUCCAGCAGCAAGGACCAGUCCCGCGGGGGGCACAUGGUCAUCAGUGGUCAGCGGGGUUCCAAGAUUAUCCCCUAAAACCCACAGACCCAGGUCUCCCAGACAGAAUAGUAUUGGAAAUACUCCUAGUGGGCCAGUUCUUGCUUCUCCCCAAGCUGGUAUUAUUCCAGCUGAAGCUGUUGCUAUGCCUGUACCAGCUGCAUCUCCUACGCCUGCCAGUCCUGCAUCCAAUAGAGCUGUUACGCCAUCUCUUGAGGCUAAAGAUUCCAGGCUUCAAGAUCAGAGGCAGAACUCUCCUGCAGGAAAUAAAGAAAAUAUGAAGCCCAAUGAAACAUCACCUAGCUUCUCAAAAGCUGAAAGUAAAGGUAUAUCGCCAAUAGUUUCUGAACAUAGAAAACAGAUUGAUGAUUUAAAGAAAUUUAAGAAUGAUUUUAGGUUACAGCCAAGUUCUACUUCUGAAUCUAUGGAUCAGCUGCUAAACAAAAAUAGAGAGGGAGAAAAAUCAAGAGAUUUGAUCAAAGACAAAAUUGAACCAAAUGCUAAGGAUUCUUUCAUUGAAAAUAGCAGCAACUGCACCAGUGGCAGCAGCAAGCCAAGCAGCCCCAGCAUUUCCCCUUCAAUCCUCAGCAACACGGAGCACAAGAGGGGACCUGAGGUCACAUCCCAAGGGGUGCAGACUUCCAGUCCAGGAUGUAAACAAGAGAAAGAUGAUAAAGAGGAGAAGAAAGACGCAGCUGAGCAAGUGAGGAAAUCAACGUUGAAUCCCAAUGCAAAGGAGUUCAACCCUCGUUCCUUUUCUCAGCCAAAGCCUUCUACCACCCCAACUUCACCUCGUCCUCAAGCACAACCUAGCCCAUCUAUGGUGGGUCAUCAGCAGCCAACUCCAGUUUAUACUCAACCUGUUUGUUUUGCACCAAAUAUGAUGUAUCCAGUCCCAGUGAGCCCAGGCGUGCAACCUUUGUAUCCUAUACCUAUGACGCCCAUGCCAGUCAAUCAAGCCAAGACAUAUAGAGCAGGUAAAGUACCAAAUAUGCCCCAACAACGGCAAGACCAGCAUCAUCAGAGUACCAUGAUGCACCCAGCCUCAGCAGCAGGCCCACCAAUUGUGGCCACUCCACCAGCUUAUUCCACACAAUAUGUUGCCUAUAGUCCUCAGCAGUUUCCAAAUCAGCCUCUUGUUCAGCAUGUGCCACAUUAUCAGUCUCAGCACCCUCAUGUCUAUAGUCCUGUGAUACAGGGUAAUGCUAGAAUGAUGGCACCACCAACACAUGCCCAGCCGGGUUUAGUAUCUUCUUCAGCAACUCAGUACGGGGCUCAUGAGCAGACGCAUGCGAUGUAUGCAUGUCCCAAAUUACCAUACAACAAGGAGACAAGCCCUUCUUUCUACUUUGCCAUUUCCACUGGCUCCCUUGCUCAGCAGUAUGCGCACCCUAACGCUACCCUACACCCACAUACCCCACAUCCUCAGCCUUCAGCUACCCCCACUGGACAGCAGCAAAGCCAACAUGCUGGAAGCCAUCCUGCACCCAGUCCUGUUCAGCACCAUCAGCACCAGGCCGCCCAGGCUCUCCACCUGGCCAGUCCACAGCAGCAGUCAGCCAUUUACCAUGCAGGGCUCGCACCAACCCCACCUUCCAUGACACCUGCCUCCAAUACACAGUCGCCACAGAAUAGUUUCCCAACAGCACAACAGACCGUCUUUACGAUUCAUCCUUCUCAUGUUCAGCCAGCUUACACCAAUCCACCCCACAUGGCCCAUGUACCUCAGGCUCAUGUACAGUCAGGAAUGGUUCCUUCUCAUCCAACUGCCCAUGCGCCAAUGAUGCUAAUGACGACACAGCCACCCGGCGGUCCCCAGGCCGCCCUCGCUCAAAGUGCACUACAGCCCAUUCCAGUCUCGACAACAGCGCAUUUCCCCUAUAUGACGCACCCUUCAGGUGAGGCGUGUGUGUGCAGGGGCCGCCGGGCACCCCAAAGCAUUCUGCUCGCACAGGUCGAAUGGCAGGCAGGGCCAGCGCUUCAAGUCCCGCAUCUGAGAACUAGCAAGACCCGUCAGAGUGCGCACAGUAGGGACUGUGAUGCUCAGUUCAGGGCCAGGGCCUGAGGCUUCCGGGAGUCUAGUCCGUGUGUGUUCUGAUGGUAUACAGGAUUUGGCUUGAUGAGAAGCAGCAGCAGCAGCAUUCUGUGUAGCUGAUGCAUGCUUAGGACUCAGUUGGCCUUCCUUGUUAUGAUAGGCUGGACAGGGCAGUGUUUUCCUUCCUGAGUCCCAACAUUCUGACAUGGGGGGGUUACCACCAUGGCAGAGUUUGAUUGUAGCUCUGGAGACUAAUACUGCUGAGAAAGUGCUGUGUAUGGAUUGGUUCUGAGCAUAGUUUUAGCUACAGUCUAUGCCCUGACAGGGAGAGACUGCCCCGUGAUUGUGCUCUAAUACUUGAUGGCGGCCAUGGCAAUAUUUCACAGUCUAACCUGUUAUUCUGAAAGCAAUACUGGUGCUUGGCUAUUAUUUGGGGAGGGGAUACGUUAAGGCCUUUUUUGUACCCCAUGAGCAACAACUCUUCUGGGAAUUUUAUCUGAAAUGGUUUUAUGUCUGACUGGUUUGUUUCUACCCACCCACCUACCUCUCCCCCUUUGGUACAGAUGCGGGGGGUGGGAAAGGUAAAGAGUGAAUUAAAUGUUGAGUUUGGUUCAGGUAGCAAAAGGAUAGGUUACAAUCAUGUGCUACAAAGACACUAGGCUAAUGUACGGUGUUGCCAGUUUUCUGUUUAAAUAUUCACUUUUCUUUUUUACAGUACAAGCCCACCACCAACAGCAGUUGUAAGGCUGCCCUGGAGGAACCGAAAGGCCAAAUUCCCUCCUCCCUUCUACUGCUUCUACCAACUGGAAGCACAGAAAACUAGAAUUUCAUUUAUUUUGUUUUUAAAAAAUAUGUUGGUUUCUUGUAACAUCCAAUAGGAAUGCUAACAGUUCACUUGCAGUGGAAGAUAUUUGGACCGAGUAGAGGCAUUUAGGAACUUGUGGGCUGUUCCAUAAUUCCAUACGCUGUUUCCGAGUCCCGCAAGUACCCCAGCUCUGCUUGCUGAAACUGGAAGUUAUUUAUUUUUUAAUGACCCUUGAAAGUCAUGAACACAUCAGCUAGCAAAAGAAGUAACAAGAGUGAUUCUUGCUGCUAUUACCGCUUUAAAAAAAAAAUCAAGACUUGGAACGCCCUUUUACUAAACUUGACGAAGGUUCAGUAAAUUCUUACCGUCAAACUGACGGAUUAUUAUUUAUAAAUCAAGUUUGAUGAAGUAAUCACUGUCUACAGUGGUUCAACUUUUAAGUUAAGGGAAAAACUUUUACUUUGUAGAUAAUAUAAAAUAAAAACUUAAAAAAAAUUAAAAAAUAAAAAAAGUUUUAAAAACUGAUACCAAGUUAAUGUGUGUUUGUAUGAGCUGUUUCCAUUAUAGGAUACUGAAUAUCAGGGCAGGAGGGCUGACUGCUGUCUUAAUACCCUCGAAGGUUAGCUGUCAAAUGAUUUUUCUUCUUCACCUUUAGUUCUGGUUCAAGGUAUCUCUAGGAAAAGACAAGACUGAGAGAUGUUCUCUUUGGUGGCUAGAGGUCUGCUUCAGAAGGAGGAAGGCUGGCCAGAGUUGGGCAGCACUGAAAGUCCACAUCCUCACCCUGACACUGAUUCUAAAUGAUCAAAGGCAGAAGAUUUAUACCAGAUAAAGCCAUAUGGAUUGCUGGUCUAAAAUUCAAGGCAGGAAGGACAGUGGCUCCUCAGCAGCAGGUGACUGUCCUGAGGACGCAGUAGACCAGGAAGCCAGGCAGGCUGGCUCCAACCAGGAACUGGUCAGGUAGGAUUUGCAUAGCUAUCUCUGAUUACAAAAAUCACAUAAGUAUUAGUUCAAAUAGUGCAAUGAAGUAAGCAAUGGUUUAAUUUUGAAACCUGAAUCCUUUGAAAAAUUAAUCUGAGGUAAAAAUGUUUAAAAUCAUUUUUGACCUUUAGCUUGUCCAUCUGCCGGAACUUUGCCCUAAAGCUGAGAGUCAAAACAGGACAGGUGUGGUCACCUGUGGCCUUGGGGACAGCAGACCCGCCACGUGGACUGAGGCUUCAACAGGAAAAAUCACCGGAGGAUCCAGGGCUUGUUAGUGUUUUGGGCUUCCUGAUGGGCCCCCUCCCCCCUCCCAAGUAGAACGUCUGUCACCUGGGACAGUGUCAGUGAAGAAGAACGAGUUCCCACUGCCAACUCCAGCCCUUACCCCGCCGCCCCCUCAGAGAGUGAUGAGGAUUGGUGCUAGGGACCCAGGGCAGGAGCUAGCAACAUCCUCAAACAAGAACUACAUCUGUAAACAAUAAGGAGAAAGCCAGGUGAGAAUGGAACUUACAGGAGGCCCUUUAACAGGCCUAAUAGAAGGGUCACACCCAACUGGAAUGUGCAGUUAACAGUGUCCCUUAAAUCUCUCUCUGGAAGAAAGGAAAGAAAGUUACAUUCACAAGUUCACAUCACUGCUUGCUUGUGCUCCUCGGGGGCCUCUGGGAGGCCUGUCAGAGAGGCGUGUACUGAUUGUCUAUGGCCCGCAGGUGGCUCCGGGAGGAGGCGUCCAUUUCGUAGUCUGAGUCCCGGGCUCGACUGGCGGGCUCGGGCUCCAGGUGCCGCAAGCUGUUGGCCAGUUCCUCGGGCGAAGGCACCAGGUGGAAGAUCUGCUCUGGGGGAGAGGACCGGCCUGGGAGACCCUCUGGGCCGAGUCCCCGUGGACAGCCAGAAGCGCUAAGAUGGGGAAGGCUCAGCUCUGAAUCCCAGCGAGAGAGGGAGAAAGGGAACAGGACAGUGUUGGAGGAACCUGGGGGACAAGUGACCAAGAGAGAGACCACACUGUCAGUCUUAACGGGAUGGAGGCAAGUGCUGGAAGGACACAACACAAGGUCUCGGUUCCCAGUGCCACCACCCCCUUUAUCAAGGGGCAUUAGGGUCACACCUGGUGGCUGGGAGACGACUACCACAUAGCUGGACAGCCGGACGUCGCAGGCAGCCCCGCACUCAAGUGGGAUGGGUGAGCGCUGGAAGUGGUGGAGCAUGUCCACGACCGAGGGGAAAUGGAGGUGCUGUACUCGACACUGACCCCGCUCGGUCAGUGACAGGCGCAGGUGCUGCAGGAGAGGGUGACGGUGGGUUCAGACAUUGGCCCCUAAGGGCCUUGAACUUGGCCAGCGUGCAGCCCCACCUGCCUUGCCCCAUACCUUGGCUAUGCCCUGGAAGUUGAAUGUGAGCACGUACUCCCCACGCCGAGUCUCACUCUGCCGUACCAGGAAUACUCCGUGAGCAUCAGGACCUUGCAGCUGAACCAGCUGAGCUGCCUUCACGCGGGAGAUGGGGCCAUGGAACCAGGGGUAGCAGGACAAGAAGUGAUCUGUUUUCUGGCAGGCUGGAUCCAGCAACCCCCCAGGAGAAGCACCUGAUAGGAGAAGGAGAUGGGUAAUGGUGACCCUUUGUGGGUGCCUCAUGUCCUGGGCUAGGUUCCGAGGUAUUGGAGGACGAAGGCCCCAACCCCUCACCUUGGUUCAAGGAGUCCGUGCUUCCCCCUGGAGAGUUAGACGUGCUGGGCUCUAAGGCUGAGGGAAUACGCAUCUCUGGGUCUGUGCUCCCAAGUCUGCUGGAGAAGGGCUGGAGUUAGGAAUCUGUGUAGGGGGACUUCCCUGGGGGUCCAGCGGGUAAGAAUCUGCCUUCCAGUGCAGGGGAUGCAGAUUCGAUCCCUGGUCAGGGAACUAAGAUUCCACAUGCCGUGGGGCAACUACGCCCACACGCCGCAACAAAAGAUCCCUCAUGCCACAAACGAAGACCUGACGCAGCUGAAUAAAUAAAAUUUUUUUAAAAAGAGAGAAAUGGUAUGCUAACAUCCCACAUGGUUUUAAAAAAAGAAUCUGGGUAGGUCAGGAGUAGCCGUGAAAGCGGGGCUCUAGGGUCUCACCCUUGGCCUGCGCACUCCCGGAGCUCAGCCAUCCACGAAUUCAGCUGCUGCUCAUCUCCCACCUCAAAGAUGAUGUCUGUCCGGUCCUUCACCUGACAGGGAGGAAGGGGACAGCUAUGUGGGAUCCCUGAGGUCUAUGUCUGUUCCCCCCGGCAUGGAAAGCUGUCACUCACCUUCAGCACAAAGGUGUAGAGGUUGUCAGGCAUCUCAAGGCGUGUGCAUCUCCGAAUCUCUUGGAUGCUGGAGCAGGCUGCUUGUAGCCUGGGCUUUGAACUCUAGGAGACCAAGGCAGAUAUUUAACGCUUGUCCCUGAUGGCCCUUCACCCACCUAGGCCUCUGCUCUUUUCUGCAGUCUCCCCAAGGGCCUGGCUUGCUGAGUGCGUGCACGUGGUGCUGCUGAGUGGGCACCCUGAGCCUGGCGUGGCUUCUAGCGUUCUGUCUUGCAGGAGCCUGCAGAAGGCCCUCUGUCUGUAGCCACAGCACCAUCUCCUGCACCCUGACACAGACACACUGAGCUCCCCAGCACCCGAAGUGGCCUGAGGGCCAGUCUCUUGCUUCACGUGGACCUGGGGACAGUCCAGCUCUGACGUGCUUGCUGGCUGACAUCUGUGUCUCCCCGGCUCCCUACCCUGGCCAGUCACAGUGGCUGCUGAUGGCCCCAGCACAACAAACCCCAAGAGGGGACGUGAGGGUAUCCAACCCAAGUCCCCUCUGUGCUGCUGGCGGACAGUGCUGGGGGCCAGGCCUUCAUCACGCCUUUAGCUCCGCUCCUCCCCUUCACUGGCUCCCCACCAGUAUGGGUCUCUCCCAGCCUAACAGCAGCCUUAGGAAGCAGAUACUAUCACCACAUCUUAAAAAGAAGAAACUCAAAUCUUGUGACGUAAAGUCAUUUGCCUGAGGAAGUAGAGAUCAGGUUGUGAACCCCUAUCCAAAGCAUACAGCCUGGAACCUCAAAUUCCCAUGCCUAACUAAUCUGUCCUGCCUUCAAGUCUUAGGACAAGGAGGGGUGGAUUUGGCUGCAAGGUGGGGGUAGACAGAGUAGCUUAGCGAUGGGCUCUUGAGGCUCUUUUGCCAGUGUGCCCAAAGGGGCAAAGCCUGGCAUGGCUGGCCCCAAUUACAGCCAGCCAAAACCCACACAAAACAUUGGGCCCAGGAGUCUCUCAUGACAUUCAACAAACGUGGGGUUCAGAGUGGGUGGGAGAUGACCCCCCUACCCUUUUGCCCAGCAAAAGGGUCCUAACUGAACCUGGCUGACCCUGCAGAUGUCUGUUCCCAGGGCCCAGGAGCUCUCAUCAUUUUCUCAGAAAGGAGAUCACCCCUUCACUGCCCCCAUCUCCUCCACUUCCUCCUGUGAUAAGGCUGGUAAAAUUGUUUCUCUGAGGUCAUGAGAUGAUCUGGCUGCUUCCAGCAGAGGCCAAAAGAAGGUAAGAGUGUGGGGGAGGAGCAAGAUGUAGGGACUGGACAGAGGAGACCCAACUAGGCCCUCCUCCGUCCGGCAGCUUUUCCUAAGAGCCAGAUUCAGUGAGGCACACCUGGAAAUACCACAGCCCCUACCAAGCCAGCACCAGGUGGGGAGGAGGAAACAAGAGGCAGGAACAAAAAGGUGAGUUCCAGGCACAGUGGCUUUAGCAGAUCUGACCUCCACCACCAAAAAUGGUGACCUCAGCCCAGGACUGGGCAGCCUGGCAGGAGAGGGUUGGUCAAACCGGGGCUUUUCCUGGUCCAGGCCCACCCCCAGCAGGUCUUGGAGCUGCCAGUCCUGCCCUGGUUGUCAGACACAGCAAUCUGGAGAGAACAACUCUGGGAACACACUCAAGAGUUUACACAACUACUAAAUCCUAGCCCUAAGUGACCAACACCACCCAGGGCAUCUUCGCCCUGCAAGUUCCUCUCGUAUGUCCCCCACGACCCAGUUCUUCAGCCUGGGAGCCUCACCCAGCACCUACUCAGGCACUGGACACGCUGGAGCGCGUGGGAAGCAGGGCCUCUGCUCUCCCAGCAGCUUUCACAGUCAGCCAGCCUCUCCGUCUCUAUUUCCUGUCUGCAAAAUGGGUUAGGUGCAGAGGGCUUCUUCCUUUUCCUGCUUCAGCAGUUGCCUGGCCACCCACCCUCCCCACUGGCUCUGGGCCCAGGAUCACUGGGAGGAAGUAGGCCAGGCCGAGAGAGGAACAGGCCUCAUCUCCCUUUCAGUUCUGCCCUGGGCUCUGCCCCCAGUGUGAGUGCCAAGAUUACUAGCAGAGCCACUGGUUUCACUCUGAAUGUGGGGCCCUCCAUGCCAGCUCCACCCCCAGCAGCUGAGGAACUGCUGACCUGACAGGCAGUGGUGAAGAGAGGAUUCCCCUCCCCACCCACGGCCAACCCUGGCUGCACGGACGGACGACGGUGAAACUCCUCCCGGCUCCCCUCUGCCUGCUGGCUGAGUGUGACACCAGUUUGGUCUGUUCAUGGUGGCCCAGAGUUGCACAACUCCAGGGGCUGAACCCCCGCCUGCCAAGAGCCAGAGCCAGCAUGUCUAACUACUGUGCUGCCGGGGUGUGGAGAUGCCAGGGGCUCUGCUCAGAUUGGAGGGGCGAUUGAGAGCAUAGGGACAGACACCCCACCUAUGGCCACAGCCCUAGCUGGAUGGUCCAGAGCGGGACUCGUGAGCACUGGUCCCUGUGUGGAGGGACCAGUGGGUGCCUUUCUGGCUGAGUGACGUGACGGGACAGCUGUGGUGGAGAGAGCUGAGCCUGAACCACAGCUGCAGGAACACUUGGGACUUCAGGAUCCCCUCCUCUCUCACAUGUCCUCUAUUUCACCUGCUGCAGAGAUCAAGCCAGGCCAGCAGCUGCUCUCUGGACCCACCUCAGAGUCACACUGUGCUUGCGUGAUCAAAAUCACCAAACCAUUCCAGUACUUGUGGUACAAGCAGUAGACUGUCACCCCCACUUCCUGCAGUAUUCACUCCUGGGGAGCCAGUCCUCAUUUUAGCUCACAGCAUCCAGAAAAAGCCAGUGGCCACUGUGCCUCCAGUGGUAAUAACCCAUUUCUUUCUUUGCUCUGGCUGCUAGGAAGCUCAAAGAUGUAGAUCAGUUCUGAUGCUGUCCCCACAGCAGGGCUUGCAUUUCUAGCACUAACUUUACCCAGAGUUCUUACUUUUCUUAUUCCCCUAGGCAUUAGGGUUCAGUCUUGACCCUACCCUUCUUGUAUAACCUUGGACAAGCCACUCAGCCCCUCAUGCUGUAGUUUUGUCGUAUGUAUGGUGGAGAUAUUUAAUAGUCCCUCUCUUUUCACAGGGUUGAUAUGGUGAUUGGGUGAACUAUUGCAAGUGAAAGAAAUGCCUGAUAAACAGCUGUUGUUAAAUUUCCAGGCUGGGGUCUGAGGCCAGCCAAGAUGGGAAAAGUCUGCUUGGGUUCACUACAGCCUGCCCCUGCGCCCAUGUCACAGGACUGCAGCACGGCGGCGGUACAGUGCUCCCGUGUCACGUACAGCACUGCAGCUUCCCCUCCGAGUAGCCAAGGGGCUGAGCACACACCUGCUUUCUCUCAACCUUAUAGACCCUAUUUGUAACGUGCUCCCUUACUACCCUUAAUGAAAUUGAUGCAUAAUAUAACCUCCCCACAUACAUAUCCUACGUUAAAAGGGAAAUAAUGGAAUGUAAUUAAUAAUAAAAUGUAUUUCAGUGGGACUAGGCAUACAACACAAUGAACUACUCAGGUGCUUCUGGGUUUGUUUUGAAAAGAUCGAGGACGUGAAGGUGCCAGAGUGUAGGCUGGCCCCCUGAAAAGAUGAUCAGUCUGUUCAGUGGACAUUAAAACUGGGCAGGAAGUUCCGUGUGCUUCUACGUAAGACAGAGCAAAAUUCUGGCCCUAGGUUUAUAGUCUCUUGUGCUUUUGGAGGGUGUUUUGGUCAGCUCUGCCUCAGCCCACAAGUUCAUCUGGUCCUCCCCAGCUCCCAAGGUGCAAGGAACUCCUUUCUCCCACGGCAGGAGGCCGGGGGUGGGGCAAGUAUGGGCCUGGAAUCUGCCUUGAGGGAAUGAGAGCCAUGACUGGAACCACACCUGGCCUCUCUCUGGAGGCCAUGCUUUCCCUAAACACGCUGCCACUCCCUGUGUGCUCAGGGGUGGGGAUGGCCCAUCCAGAGCCUUCCAAGAUACUGGGCUGCACCCUGCUCUGCUGUGACCUCAUAGCCAUUCAUACCCACAAGACUCCGGCAGAGGUGCUGGCACCCCAGCAGGAACAAAAUACAGUAUCACAGAGCUUCUGCUCUGGAAGGGGGACAGAUACCCAACAGGGAGGAGAGGUGGUGGAGCUGCGGGUGGGGAGGCAGUGAGCUUCCCAGGCACCAGGAUGGCCCUGGCAGAGGCCCUGAGGUGGGGAAGCAUACAGACACAGUGAGACUGGCACACAGUGAGGUGGUCUCCACGGGGCCUUGAGGCUGUGGGAGUCAGUCGGCUCAUUCUGAGGUGGAGCUGUGGAGAUGGACCUGGUGCUCACAUUAACUGUGCAGAAGCAAGCCACCUAGUUGGGCCAGACCCAGCUCUUACUCGCCUCUCUCGUGGGAAGCUGGAGGGGAAGACAACAUCCAAUUCACACCCAAGCAGUAAAGGGCCUGGCACGGAGGGUCCCUUGGUAUGGGCAGGCUGUGCCCUCACAAUGGCCUUAUUCCAUCC